GGAGGAGUUUCAUAUUUUGUCUUUUCGCAUUUGUCGAAUAACCUAGAAAUUGCAGCAAGAUAUUUGAAGUUUUGAGAUGCACGGAUAUUUGGAAUAAUGUUCUUAUCGUGGCUUAAUCGGAUGUCAAUGACAUCGAUUUCUUUGCUGGCUCUGGUCCUGCUUUAUCUGCCUGUCGAAGCGGAGGCUUCUCACUCGGAAUCGGAAGGGAAACCAUGUUGUCGCAUCAACAGGCUGCGGACCUUCCGCGAAAUCAGCCCUAGACAUGGCCGCAAAAUUAACUUCUCUUUCAUGUGUGGUAAGAGCCAUCGGCUGGCAGAGGGCGUGCCAGAAUCAGUCACAUGUCACAAUGGCCAGUGGAUGGAGGAUGAUACUGAAACACCAAUAGACAUCAACAGCCGAUUAGGACCGGGGAAAAUAUGCAAACUUCGCGAGUGCCAUAUCGACCCCCUCUGGAAGACAGUCCUGCCCGGUCUGAAUGAUUCCUACACGCCAAUCACCCAUAUCAAGCUAAAAUGUCCAGUCAACUUUACCCUAACCGACUUCUUCAAGACGCCUGAGGGAUGUUUCACGUGUCUGAAGGGAGGAGAGUGGAGUCUGAAUAUAUCAGAAUAUGGAAAGAUUUGUAGGGCUAUGACGGUAGGCGAACUGCAAAACACGAUUACAUUAAUGGCGGGUACUGCACAAAAACCGAGACAACAUGCGAGCAAUGUGCCGUCACCAACUCAAAUCAGCACUUCUCCACAGCAGAAACAGAAACCACCACCUCCAAAAGUGACAUCGUCAGCUCGAACUACGUCAGAGGCACCAACUCUGACAACAAGAAAGCCUGCAUCAGAAACAGCUUCGGAGGUGAAGAAAACGCUGAGAGCUCCUAGUUCAACAACUGUUUCAUCCGGUCCAGAAACUCGUCAUGAAAAUGAUGCGCCUCGGGUUGACGAUAUUGAUCGUGGAGGGUUCAGAACUAUCGCGAGGAAGACGCCAGAAUCAGAUGUGGACGCAAUUAAACCUACCCCAACGGCAGACCCGUCAGCUCCAGUUCCCAAAUCGUCUACUAUUCCGACUUCUCCUCAAGCGAAGGAAACAUCACCUGUCGCCUCGCCGACCAUGCCUUCGAAAUCGAAACGGCCGAAACUAAAAGAGCUACUUUCUAAUGGAGACACCGAAACAGCGCGGCUCACUGAUACAGGUCCCGUGCCUCAAUAUUUAAGAAUCGAUCAAUACGACUAUCUCAAUCCUGAAGCAGAGUUUGAUGAUGCUGAUUACAUGGUUGAGCAGUCUGCAAUGCUCUUCAUAGAAGCAGCGCUGUAUCCUGAACCACUUUUCAACUCCGAGGGGACUAAGGUGGACCUAAAGAAAUGUGAGAAGCUGGCUCUGACCCGCAACGCUCGUUGGCUUAACCCAGGCCCGAUGUACAUUGGAUGCACGGCUGUGUAUGCAUGUAAGGAUGGAUACUUGUUUGAGAAUGAGAAACCAUUCGUGUUGUCGACGUGUGAUAAAGAGGGCAAAAUGACAGUGAGCUCACUGCCGGAAUGUAAAGCAAUUACCUACUGUAAGAACAUCCCCACUGUUGCAAAUAGCACACUAAGCCCGGCCAAAGGACCUUACCCUAUUAGACAGGUAGCAGUACAUACGUGCCUCGACGGUCACAGGUUCCGUGAAGGGACGAGGAUAAAGCACGUGGAGUGUCAGCCCGAUGGGAAGUGGAAUAGAGAGGAAGAGGAAGGCUGUUAUCCGGUGCAGUGCGAUCCCAUCCCAAAACCUGUCAACGUGUCCUGCGUUACAGUCAAGCAAGAGGUCCAUGGCAGCAAUGAGAGCUUCGUGAACACUGGACUUGAGUGCAUAUGUCACUCACCAGGUGGCAAGUUCAGAGAUGGGGAAGCAAAGAAGACGCCAAGAUGUCUGCCGGAUGGAGUCUGGAGCCAGCUGCUACCACAAUGUGACGAUCCAGAUCUGUGUUACGACCCCCCUGAACUCCCUAACGCAUUCAUACUCGAUGAGAUCCGCCUUAAACGCCGGAAUGGUACCAUUCGCUAUCGGUGUGUCGAGGGGUAUCACUGGCCUGAUGAAUCGUUGUCCGUGAUGGAAGCACAGUGUGAUGAGAACGGUUGCUGGUCGAUGCCAUACACAGCAUGUCGGGGUGCGGAGGAGACGGCAAGGGAAUCGGACCAAGUUCGCCUCAUCGCCGGAGGCACGCAGGUUCAGAGGAACCUCUUUCUGACUGUGUUGGCUUUGACUCUCAUUUCGUUCAUUUUCGGGGAUCUAUAAUCUAUUUUCUGCGGAUAUCUUUGAUUACUGCUAAUUAACUUGGGUAUGGAUCGAGAUUUACUUUACUGAUACUGAUUCAGAAAAUGAAAUUGCCAAUCUGUCCUGUCAGCAAUUUGGAAAGUUUGCUACAACUACACAACUGUGUAAAAGAAGGAAUUUAUGAUUUUACAAAAUGGGGUACAUUUUUGUACACGUAUGUCAAAAUGCAAUUUAAAAAAUAAUUGAAUAUGUCAAAAAAUUGAGACAAGAAAUAGAUUUAAUGAAAAGGAUAAGUAGAUGUUGUAUUGUUUGAAGUUCAUUACCAGCAGCUGAGUAAAUGAAACGUGAGAUAGGCACUCAUUGCCAUUAUUGAUGCCGUCACAUUCUUCGACUCCAUCUGCUGUCAGCUUAGACGAUCAUUAAGGCCUGGCUUGUGAAGGAUUCCCGAUAAUUGCCAUCUGCAAUGGAUCAUGUUUCGCUUGUCAUAUAUCACGAACAAGAUCGUUAACUGACUUAGGUUUGAAAAUGUGAUACGACAUGCCAUGUGUUGUUAUUG